AGGACAUGCUUUCAGCAGAGCCUUACGUGCUCAUAUAUUGAGUUUUACUGCUCUAGGAAUUCACAUAAUAAAAAAUAACAAUAUGACUGCGACUGAUGAAAUGGAAAAUCAUAUCAAAAAUUUCUUCAAAAAUUGGAAAGACCAAUCUCCUACAGUAGGUGACUGUAAUAUUGAUCCAAUGAUGAUUUAUAUUACUCAGAAAUUUUUGGAAAAACUUCACAAUUUGGAAAAUUCUGGACCCACAGCCAAAUUAUGGGUACAAUAUCUUAGGAGCGUUAUAAUUUUAUUGCAAUUUGUUGAAGCUGAACGUCUUGGGGAUUGGGACUUGCACUUGAGCAGUGUGAAGGAAAUGUUACCGAUUUUUCACGCAUCUGGCCAUUUUUCCUAUGCAAAAUGUGCUCAAUGGUAUUUGCAGGAUAUGGCAAAUCUAGAAGCAAUAAUGGAUCCUAUAGAAUUCGAAAGGUUCACAAAGGAGGGUUACUUCACGAUUCGCAGGACAGACAAAGCUUGGAGUGGUGUUUGGAGUGAUAUGUGUAUAGAACAAACGCUAAAUAGAUUUUUUGGCACAGAUUUGAAGCAUGGUAGAGGAGUUACACCUAGUGUUGUUUCACGUUAUCUUCUAGGAAUGCCAUCUGCUUUUGACGUCAUGGAAUGUUUGGAGGAAUAUGCGGAUUUGAGAACGGCUAAUAGCGAACAGCAUGUGGAUUUAUCUCAAAGCCGCAUGAGAAGAGAUAAAGAAGACAUAGGAAAAUUUGUAUUCUGGCUAGACCACCAUAAUCCUUUCGAAAAAAGAGAUUCGUUAAUGUCCCUUUCAACAGGAGUUAUGGGUGCUGCCAAUAUCAAUUGCCAUAUGGCUUUUGAAGAAGGGCGCAAAGGGAUGGAAACAAUGAAAGGAAAAAAUUUAGCGAAUAUUACCUUGUCAUCGAAAUUUAAAGUGAAAAAUUUAUGCGAUGGCCAAAAUAAAAUUCGCGUUCCCGGGGAUUCUUCAGCUAUAGAUCCAUCUGCGCUGUUACAGAGAAUAGCAGUUCUUUAUAAAAAUGAUGAAUCGAAAAAGAAAGAAGCGAUAUCUUUCGAAUUGUCGCCAUAUCCGCUGUCUCUCUUCGAUGAGCUUGGACUGAUGAGAAAGUCCGUUAAGUCAGAGCUCUAUAAAUUAUUUUCAACACAUCCUCAAUCCCAAUCACUUCUAACUAAUAUGGUUUAUGUAAUAGAUGGUGGAUGGUUAUUACAUCAAGUUUUUUGGCCACACAGCAAAAAAUUUGUUGACAUAUUAGAGAUAUAUAGGUCAUUCAUAGUUAACAAAUUUGGAGGGAAUUGCAGAGUUGUCUUCGAUGGUUACUCGAAUGAAAUAAUUGGUAUAAAAUCAUAUGAGCGGUUUCGUCGAAAAGAAAAAUUUGUUGCUCCAGAUGUUGAAAUAAGUGAGGAUAAAAUGGUAACAAUUACCCAAAAAAAAUUUCUGUCGAAUGUUGCGAAUAAGUAUAAAUUUAUAAUCUUACUAAGCAAGUAUUUGCAGAAUCAUAAUAUCGAAGUAAAUGUAGCAGAAGAAGAUGCUGACGUAGACAUUGUAAUGAAAGGAAUUACAUUGAAAGAAAGCAUAUCAGAACCGGUUGCUGUAGUUGGCAAUGACGUAGAUCUUUUCAUUCUACUAAUUGCUUUAACACCAGAUCACAGCAAUAUGUUUCUCUUUAAAAUUGUUCCAGGAUCUAAGGGUAAUACUUUGUAUUCAACAUCUCAGCAUCGCGAAUUCAAACCUUUCAUUCUGUUUGCACAUGCAUUUUCUGGAUGUGAUUCAACUAGUGCCAUGUACAAUAACGGAAAAAAAAGAUAA